AUGGAAGCCAAUUUAUCCUUCCAUACUGACAAUAAAUUAGUCCCAUUUCUUAGAGGAUUCAUAGACAGGAGGCUGAAACGUUUAUUUUUGUUUAAGGAUGAGCACCUGUAUAAGGUUGUGAAGAUGUUGUUGGGAGAGGAAAUUGUCCAUGUAAGUCAUCGCUACAAGACAAACAUGGAGGCAUAUUCAUUGAUUGCAGCCUGGGGUUUCCAGUUUGAAUCUGAGGUGGACAAGGUGAAAAAUGCCUUGAGAGUUGUAAUUGACUCAAGGUUGAAGCAAUGUGAUGAGGUUUUAGGGGUUCUUCAUGAAGUGGCACGAGCAGAGGUGGGUCGGGAGUUGGGGCUGAGACCCCAGACUUCCCAAGCAAUGAAGCGGCUCUCAGAAUUCUAUGAGGACCCAGAUACAUCACUGGGUACUUUCUCUUGUAACAAAAUGCUGAAGUUGGAAGGAAUGCAAAGCAUGUAUGUGCAUAAGUUGGCUCCUCGAGGCAUUUAUACAAGUGUUCGUGGAAGUUUUGUAGUUGAUUUGACUGCUUAUGUAUCAAAGGACCCCGAAACUAGUGAAACAAUUCUAGAAAGUGGAGCACUGGUAUUGAGUGAUAGGGAUAUUUGUUGCAUAGAUGAGUUUGACAAGAUGCCAGAUAAUGCUCGUAGCAUGUUGCAUGAGGUUAUGAAACAAAAAAUAGUGUCAAUUGCAAAGGCUAGGAUGAUAGCAUCUCUUAAUGCAAGGACAUCGGUUUUAGCUUGUGCCAAUCCUAGCAGUUCACACUACAACCCUAGACUUUCAGUUAUUGAUAAUAUCCAGCUUCCUCCAACAUUGCUUUCCAGGUUUGAUUUGAUCUACCUAGUGCUUGAUAAAGCUAAUGAACAAACAGAUCGAUGCCUUGCAAGGCAUCUUGUUGUAUUGCAUUAUGAUGAGCCUGAGGACCAAACACUGGAUGCAUUGGACCUCCCAACCCUCACUUCAUAUAUCACUUAUGCAAGACAACAUAUACAUCCUAAAAUAUUUGAUGAGGCUGCAGAGGAAUUUUAA